GACUAUAUUUUAUUCAUAAAAUAUGAAAAGACUAUAUAUCUCGUUUCAUUUAUAGUCAUCCCAAUUGAGUACGGUCUCAAAUAACUCAACUUUAAAAAUGUAUGAAAAACUAGGCUGUUUGGUAUGAUAUCUUCGACUUUCCUGUUGGAAAAUGGAUAUGGAACUACUACUGUCAUUUUUUAGGUGCAGAUUUUGGGAAAGUGUUUUACCUACUUCAAAAUAAAUCGAGGAAGUCAACAAAUUACUAGAAAUAAUGUUGACAAGAACUUUGCUAACGAGAGCUAUUCUGCUCCGUAGGCUGCAAAAUGCUGGCGACAGCUUGAAACAAACCAAACGAAAUGCAGGACAUGGAGUUUGGACGUACCGUGUACCGCCACCAAUGCCUUCCAAAAAAUCGAUUCGGUUAGCUCAAGGGCUUGGUGGAUUGUGCUGGUGGUGGAUUCUGUAUCACAUUGCAACUGAACCUGAGCAUAUAACUGGUGAGUGGCCUUAUAUUGAUCCCAGUACAUGGACUGAUGAAGAGCUUGGAAUUCCUCCUGAUUCAGCAGGAUGCAUAAAGCAUUAAUGCAAAAGUAUAUUAGUCAUUGUACAAAGGAUGUCUUGCUGUUAUUUUGUUUAGAGAAAUAUAAGUUAUUUAAAUAAUGCAAA